AUGUGUCAUACAAAAAUAAAAACAAUCUUAAGUCUGCUGAAGCCGCUGUGUACAAAACAAAAGUGUGAUGAAAAGAAGAAAAAGCUGUUGAAUAUGUCGUCUACAUUUAUUUAUGAUGGAAAUGAUACUCUAAAAGAAAACGUUGAACAGCAACAACAGCAACAGCAGAAACUAAAAGCUGUAGAACCAGAACCAGUAACUGUUUCCACAAAGACGACGUCUGAAAGUGCCAUUACAAGUGGUAUUCGAUUACAACAAUUGACUGCUCUAUCUCCAUUACAAAACAAUGUAUUAGAUCAACCAAGUUCACGUCACCAUUUACCUCUUUUGGAACCAGCAGCAUCAUACCCAUCACAGCCACAAACUCGUGUCCUAAAUCGUCCUGUUCCACUACGAAACUCUUCUCCAAUCAGUCAAGUUUUACCAACUUCACCACAUCCAUCACAACAUAUGUCAACUCCUUCAUUAUCUUCACAGAUUAGUAGUAGUAAUUUUGCUCCUUUGGCCGCCUCCUCUCAACAUAAUUUUACAAGUAUUCAACGUCCAUCUAAUUCACAAGGUGUACCAGUAAGAAAAAGGCCGACACCAAGUAAUCAAACAACGUCUUCGACUUCACAGCCAACAGCAAAACGUACGAAAGUAUAUGAAGAUGAACAAGUGAAAGAGAAUUUCUUAAAAAAUGUUGAAAAACUUAUACAAAAGAAACUGGAACCGAUCGAAUCUCAGCUUAAUGAAUUGACUCUGGAAGUAACUAGUAUUGAAAAUGUUUUGCAAACAACGCAGUCUAAUCUCAGUAGUGUCACUCUUUCAAUUAAGAAUAUUAGAAAAAAUUUGAUUACUGUAAAACAAGUAAGUUUUGAUAGAAACACACUGGAGAAUAAGAUUUUCACGUUCCGAGUCAGUAGAUGUCAAACUCCGCAAAACAAAAAAAAGCGUUAGAAAUGAAGCAAAUCGCUGAAAAUAUCUUUUGAAAGUGAGAGAAAGUGAAACAGGUUUUGUACAUAGAAAUAAAAGUUAAAAAAAAUUCGAGAUCUUUUUGUUGAAAAGAAAUUUUGAAGACUUCAACACCGCGAAACCGCGCACGUGUUUCAAGAACCGCGGUUCUGGAAUAGACUCGAAUAUUUCGCGUUUCAUGUAUGUAAACUGCGAUUACCGUAAUAACUCAUAAAAAAAGCGGUUCUGUCAUUUUCAACAUGCAAAACGCGCGCAUCUCCUAUAAGAGAAUGGUUUUAAAACCAGACGCGUGUGCUGAAACGCAUUUUUUUAUUCUUAUGAGAUCAGGACCGUUUGUAUCGUGUGCCACUCAUAGAAAGCUAUAAAACUGCGUAGCAAGAAAUGUGUUUUUUUGUUGCUCUUUUGCUAAAACCACGAUUUUUCUGUUUUCACGUAUGCUAGAAUGAGAAACGAGUCAGUCAUGGAUCUAAAUUGUUCUUCUCUACUUUUUCCGGUUGUUACGGCGAAGGUUCCUUAUCGUACAGUAUUGCCGUCACUCGCCAUACAGUGGAUUACGCGACUAAGUGUGUGUUUGAAAAGAGAAGCUUAACUGUAAACCUGAAUUAAUUCAGAGAAAAAUAAAAAUGGUUGUAGUAACAAGCACGUUGUAAGUGAAUAACGCCAACCCAUGUAUUCACUGUGAAAGUUAGACACUCUGGUGUCGCACAGCUGUAAAAGAUAUAAAAAAUUCAUAAUUUUAAUUGAAUUCUCUUCAUAUUGAAAGCAAGCCCGAGGUGACAGAAUGCUCUAAUCGUGUGGAAAAUGC